UUCAGCAUGAUGGGGUGGAGGUGGGGGGCAGCAUCCAGCGUCCAGCCGCCGCGGGGCUGGCAGAGAAGCAACCGUACCAUUACAUCAUCGUGUGAACUGAUCUUCCCCAGGGGUGGGGGUUGCAGAAGGUUGUGUUGAUGUAUAUGGGGAGGAGGGGUGAGCGGUGGCGUGGCCAGGAGGCGAGGCGAGCGGGAGCGCAAAGGCUCGCCGGAGCACUCUAAAACCACUUAGCCAGACGCGCGGCGACAGCUGGGCAUGUGAGCAGCACCCAAGUACGAUCGGUUUUGGAACAAAGUGCUGAUGACGCCCUUGGAGGAGGCAGCCAUGAGCGGCAAGGUCGCUGGGGCCACCCUGGUCCCGUCCCCGACACCGCCCCUGGGGCACCCUCCUUGCCCUCCGCCGCCCCCGACGCCUCCACCUCCACCGGGCGAGGAGCCGGAGUCGGUCACCACCUUCUGCAUGUUGAUCCCAAAGAUGCCUCAGUGGAAAUUCUCCAGCCCCUCCGGCUUCCUCAGCCGCAGCCCGUCCAGUGCCAGCAAGGAGCUCACGGCCUCGGCCAAAACGGGAGACACUGAGAGCAGCACUGCGUCGUCGUCGUCCUCAGGCCUGGCCGCUGUCCUCAGUGCCUGUGAGCCAGUCUGCGCCACUCCCUGCAGCCUCCAGGUGAUGAGCCGGCUGCGAGGAGGGUUGGCGGCCGGCCGGAAGGCCUCCCGGGCCGAGGGGCCCAAACCCACGGCUGGUGAAGAGUGGAGCCGGAAAGGCAGUUUCAUCAGCAAACCGGUCCAAGGUUGGCUCCAUCCAGAUGACAGCGUCCUCAGCCCUGGUGUCUCCUACAUUGUCCGGUACAUGGGAUGUAUUGAGAUUCUGCGCUCCAUGAGAUCACUGGAUUUCAACACCCGAACACAAGUCACCAGGGAAGCCAUCAACCGACUGCAUGAGGCAGUGCCGGGCAUCAAAGGGACCUGGAAGAAAAAGCCACCUAACAAAGCUCUCUUCUCAAUUCUCGGCAAAAGCAACCUGCAUUUUGCCGGCAUUAGUAUUGCCGUGAAUAUCUCAGUGGACGGACUGAACCUCAUGAUCCCAACCACCCGACAGAUCAUCGCGAAUCACCACAUGCAAUCCAUCUCCUUCGCUUCAGGGGGCGAUACGGACACGACCGACUACGUGGCGUAUGUGGCAAAGGAUCCCAUUAAUCAACGAGCAUGCCAUAUCUUGGAAUGUUGUGAUGGAUUGGCCCAGAGCAUCAUCAACACCGUGGGACAGGCCUUUGAGCUUCGCUUCAAACAAUACCUGCACAGCCCUCCGAAGACCACGGCGCCGCAGGAGAGGGCAAUGGGAACAGAAGACCUUGUCUGGGGGGAGGAAGAGGAGACGUCUGAGCACGACUACUACAACAGUAUUCCUGGAAAAGAGCCCCCGCUCGGCGGGCUGGUGGAUUCCCGCCUCCACCACAGUGCCUCGCUGAGUCACAUGCCAUUUUCCUAUGGAACUCACUGCAACCAGGUUGGAUCUCCCGCUCGGAGAGACCACAGCAGCCAUUCAAACCUGAACUGGGAAGCCGAUCUUUAUGGACAGAACUGUAACGGCUACGUUCAGGCGGACGGGAAACCUCUGGGCUCUCAAGAUUACGAAGAUCAUAUGUAUGUAAACACACAGAAUUUAGACAACUGGGAGGCGGAGACUGGAACAUCCCGGGCUCUUGGGGAGAGUCCUCCCAAAGACCUCUUUGAUAUGAGGCCUUUUGAAGACGCUUUGAAGCUUCACAAUUCCAUGUCUGCUUGUGGGGUGUGGAAUGGCGCCCCGAUCGAGGACCAGUGGCCCAGCCCGCCAACCCGCAAAGCCCCCAUUGCCCCCACGGAAGAGCAACUGAAGCAGGAGCCCUGGUACCAUGGCAAGAUGAGCCGGCGGGAUGCGGAGAAGCUGCUGCAAAGGGAUGGAGACUUUCUGGUGAGGGACAGCAUCACCAACGCUGGCCAAUACGUCCUGACUGGGAUGCAUGGGGGGCAACCGAAGCAUCUGCUCCUGGUGGAUCCCGAAGGAGUGGUGCGGACAAAGGAUGCCCUGUUCGAAAGCAUCAGCCACCUCAUCAACUACCACCUGCAAAAUGAACAGCCAAUUGUAGCAGCAGAGAGCGAGCUUCACCUGCGGCAGGUGGUGAGGUGGAAGCAGUGAGGACAAGGAAUCUGGGCCUCUGUGCAGAAACCUACAUUCUACUUCUCUGACAUGUCUUUGCGAAUAACGGACUUUUGCUAAAAAAGAGAGAUAAACACGUACACACAAGACAACCUGGGAACUGUGGGUUACAUCGCCCUCUCUCCCAUCCUUCCUUGUUUGUCCCCACCCUAUUCCUUUGCAACUCGUCUCGUCUUGUGUUUUCCUCAGCUUUUCAAACAGGCUAGAAAGGGAACUGCGGAAAGCAAAACCAGCCUACCUUGCAGGGGUGUGCUGGCCAUGCCAAAUGGGGCUUCUAAGAUGAAUCCGUCGCUUUCCUGAGUUCUGGAGGAACAGUGUUUCCAACAUGGAGCUUCUUGGAUGCCUUUGAGAUUAAGCAAGAAGAGAACGGGGUGGUGGUGGAAGGGAUGGUGGGUGAGUAGAGAUGACUUAGGAGAAGCCGAUCUCCUGCAUCCUGGAUCUUAUAAGAAAACUGCAAAUAUCAUGAUGGGAAACAGAUUCUGUCGGCCGUUGGAAGUGUGACAUGGUUUUCUGUGGUCAUUUGGUUUCCUGCAACUCAAGCAGGCUAUGGCCGCUCAUUAUAUUUCUGAGGGCCUUGGGCCCUUUCGAAGAAUAUGGAGUUGUUCAGAAAAAAGAGAAAGAGACACGCCGAAAGAGAACCCAGCAGGGUGGUUUUGCAGGGCGGUCUCCUAAAUCUUUCCCCAACUGCUUCAGGACUUGGGUUUCUAAUUCUGGAUGCUAUAUAGUCACAAAGGAAGAGGAGCAGGAAGAACACUGGGUGGUUACCUCAUUCCUCUAGGUUUGCU